GAAUCUGGACUGCGCGCUGGCCGAGGCUCAUCCUUCGUCCGGUUAUUCCAGGCGGCGCUCGGCGGUUCUUGGUUGCGGUUACCUCGCUUCCGUAACGGCCCGCUGAGAACGAUUGCCGCGCCGGCGCUAGGAAAACGAUCAUUCUCUAUGGUCGAACAGGACGAGGUGGGAGGCAGUACGGUGGUAGCCGAGGGUGUAGUAGGCGGCAUAAAGGGCCCAGGCGGCGGGUGCCGCGCAUCCUCGAUGACGAUGGCCGAGAGCGCCGUGGAGGACGCCGCAGCCGCGCCCCCGGGUCCAGCGAAGCCGCCACCGCCCUCCUGUACCAACAACAACACCCUGGCAGCGACCGCGAACCGCAACCACCGGAAUCUUCGUAGACGGAAACGACUGGACCAGGUGCUGGACAUCCUGCAACAUCGAAGUUCGCCGUCCGAGGGCGAGGUGUUGCGUUUCGAGGGCAGCGGGCCGGCGUCCGAGGAGGAGGAGGACGUGUUCGGUUCGCCGAGAUCGUCGUCGAGAUCGGCGGUGGACCCGCCGUCGGGCAUCAGCUUGUUGCCGCUGAGGCUGAAGAGCGAGGAGCCCGUGACGCCCACCGAGGAGGAGGGGAACACGACCGACGCCGACCAGUCGCAACAGCAGAACCAUCAUCUCCAUCAUCCGCACCAUCACCCUCAUCACCAUCGUCACCGGCACAGGCAUCACCACAGAAACAACGCGAAUCACGUGUACGAUCACCUCCACCCUUCCCAUCAGAGAUCGUCCGCGCCGAAAUACCCCGGAUGCAACUGCGCCCAUUGCGCCCAGUCGGCCACCCCGCCGAUGGUGCUCCCUUCGCCGACGUCCCCGCUGACACCUCUCACGCCGCUCACGCCGCUCACUCCGCUCAGCCUGACGCCGCUCACGCCCGGCUCCCUGUCGUCGUACACCUUCGAGCACUACAUGCACACCAAGUACCUGCCGGACAUAUUCAGAGGCCGCAGCCACUCCGACUCGGACCUGGUCCCGGGAUGGGACCAGAAGCCCCCGCUCUCGACCUCGUCCGUCUUCGUGAACCAUCCGCUGAGGAGCGGUUCCCUCGAAAGCGACACGACGAGCCCCCAAGAGUCGCCGCUGGACCUCUCGAUGAAGAACCUGAUUCCCGGCGGCAGGCCACCGGCGCUCCAGCUGUUGCCUCCCGGCAUCGUGUCCAGGGGCUCCGUGAGCGUGCCGGUGGUCAAAGGCGACGUGGCGUCACCGACGACCAAGGAGAGCGCCGCCAACAGAUUCAACAUGAAGGUCUCGCCGGUGGUGGAGACGAUGCCGCCGGGCGCGAACAUCGCCUACGUCUGUCCCGUCUGCGGUCAGAUGUUCAGCCUGCACGACCGGCUGGCCAAGCACAUGGCCUCCAGGCACCGCAAACAGGGCCCCCAGGACGCGUCCGCGAAGGCGUACCUCUGCGACGUGUGCAAGAGGAGCUUCGCCAGGUCCGACAUGCUCACCAGACACAUGAGGCUGCACACCGGCGUCAAACCGUACACGUGCAAGACCUGCGGACAGGUAUUCAGCAGGUCGGAUCACCUGAGCACUCACCAGCGGACGCACACCGGCGAGAAACCGUACAAGUGUCCCCAAUGCGCGUACGCGGCCUGCCGCCGGGACAUGAUCACCAGGCACCUAAGGACCCACGCCAAGUGCUCGGACACCCAGACGCCGAAGAGCGAGCCCGGCUUCCUUGCCGGCGAGGACAGCCCCACGUAUCCGCAGGAGAUGGCCUCGCCUUCGGCCACGAUCAAGGCCGAAUGACGACGGCCAACCGGGGCGACCAAAUCGCUUCAGGGUCCGGUUCCGUGCAUCUUGGACUUGUUGCCGAACAUCUUCGACGUGGUUCCGAACCUCUUCGAGCUGAGGGACGGCGUAUCCAUUUCCCACCGACGACGGUACGGGCGCUGAUGAAGAGACAACGGAGGCUCUUCUAGCUUCGUAGCUUCUUCGGCUAUCAUCGGAGAGAGAGAGCUGUCCACGCUGGUUUCAACUGUUGUCGAAAAAGAACUUUAUGCGAGCCGUUUUAAACGAUCGAGCACGUUUCAAGCUUGUCACAGUAUUAUCGUAUCUCUUCGUCUUCCCCGUUGCUUCCCCACGAACUCGCGCGGUUCUUCGCCGCCGGUCUUCGCAGCAUCCAGGACACACCGCACAAGCUACUCGGAGAUAAUUCCAGCAAACGCUCGACCGUCCGUCGAGCAUUUCGUUUUUACAGUUUUAAGGGGAACCAAGGUCGAGCAGUUUUUAUACAGGAAUCAGGUUUUAGUUGCAGCCGAGGAAGUUCGUUGUCGUUCCUAUUUCAGACGGGAUCUCCGAGAGAGCGUCGCGUCGGCGUCCUAUUUCGCGGUAGACUGGCUCCGGAAACGCGAACUUUUGUGGCUUUCGGACGUCGCGUUUCGCGGGGGGAGGGGGGAUUAGUUAGGCUUCGAAGCUGCGCGUCGGACGAUCGUUGUUGGAAUCUCUUUUUGGGUACGCGGUCUCUCGAUCGAACGGUCUCUCCGUGCUCGUCGACGCGCGCAGACUGGAAACGUUAACGAUCUGAAAAGCAUUCCGACUAGCCUUUGUAGCGAACGUCCGCGAGAACGAUGCUCGAACGCGAUCGAUCGAUCGAUCGUUCGGAUCCGAAGCGUUCCGUCGUCGUUCCCUGACUCGGCCGUGGAGAACCUUGUGCCAAAUUUUGUCCGUCGAGUAGUUGCUGGAUCCACUCGUUUACUGUUCGAUCGACCGUUGUUAAGGGGCCGCGAACGUUUGCAUCGCGUAAAACUCGCGAAUCUUCGGCGCUGUUCGCUGAAACCCGUUCGUCGUCGUCGUCGCCGUUCGUAAUUUAUUGAAAUUAUCGGCCCGCCAGGCGGGACACGCUCGACGCGGAAGGAACCGAAGUGUCCUCGUGACAAUUGUUCGAAUGUGAAUACCGAGCCUCGAUCGGGCGGCAUUGUUAAUCGACUAGGAUAGAGACUGUUUUUUAUUGCGCGUUGUGAAAUUCCUCUCGAACUGUGUCGUGAUAUAUUUAUAUCGAAAUUUAUUGUUACUCGCGAGAGAGAGACCGGGAACGGUUGUAACGUAAACCGGAGAGCCACGGGAACGAGUCCAAGGACGCGCGGAGAUGAAGAGGAGAAGCUGAGGGCGUGCUUCGGCUCGCGGCGAAAGAAAGAAACAAUGGAGUAAAAAAAAACGAACGUAAUCGUACCUGCAAAAUGAAAUGAAACUUAAAGCAUAAUAAAAUCGUCUAGACGUAACGUUAAUUAGUGGGUAAUAUUGAUAUUAUUAUUGCGUUUUUAUUAUUACAAAUAUUAAUAUUAUUAAUUAUUAAUAUUAUUCUCAUUGUAUUUGUUGGCGUGAGAAUGUUGCGAAACAUGCGGUGGAACAGAGAAAUAUUUUUUUACAAGGCGUCGAAGAGGUUUCGCGAUUAGAUCCGAGAAGGGAGCCAGAGGGGAGGGGGGAAACGUAGAUCGGCGAGAAAGUGUCGCUGAGCGCAGUGCGCGUCGUAGAGUUUCAUUGUUGUCUUGAAAUUUCAGAUCCUCGAUGUUCGGGAUCACGCAUCAUGUUCGCGCUCUCCUUCCGGAUCUUUCGCGCGCGACCCGUUCGAUUCUUCGAUCGAUCGAGAGCGAUCGAUCAAUUUGUGAGAGUAUCCCGACGAAGUGCUGGUCGAUUUCGGACGACAUUCGGAUCCACGAUGCUUUCGGACGAUCCCUCGGAAAAUACUCACUUCACAGGCGCGUGCGGAGUUUCGCGGUUCGAUUCGAUCUACGGGACAGUCACGGUCUCGGACGCUUCGGAUGACCGACGCACCCUCGUGUCCCCAUAAAUCGACAACGAAAUCGGUCGAUGGCUCGAGAUCCGCAAUAUUCUUUCCGGUGAAAUUGAAUAGCAAACUACGUUUUCGAGAAUAUAAUGUUCUUUCGCUAUGCAUUAAUGCACUGAAGUCCGCAGAUACAGUGAUAAAAAUUCGAGAAGUUUGAAGUUGGAAAAUCGAUUCUAAAGAAAGACAAAUAUAGCCGUGUAAUCUCUGUCGUACGAAUCUCAUGGAAAUUCUUAAGCAACGCGAUCGGUUAACAUCGAACACUUCGAUUCACGGACAGAUCUUGUAUAGAAGUAUUUCUGUUGUAUUCUGAUAUCUGCGCACGAAAUGACAAUCAAAGUUCCUACACGAAUGAAUAGGAACGAAUCGAUAAGUGAUAAACGAAACGGAUCUAAGGUACACCAACGAUCUUAUAACACUGCUGUACCUUGGAUCCCUCUUUUUCGGAAGACCAUGGAAAAGCGAUCUCGAGCAGUUGGCAGAUUUUGACCGGGUUAUGGGGGUACGAGUUUUGGGUCACGGGGUGGGUUCGAUCGGAGCACGAUUAUUAUAGUCAUAAAGAGAUGCGAGUCCGUCUCGACUCGAAUCUGUUGGGCAGGAUUCUCGCUGACACACGCGAGCCGACCACGCGUGACACCAACUACUUUGAACCUUGCUCAAUCUCGACCGUUUGCCUUUUCCCUUGCCAUAACUCGCCGAUCGUCCGGCGGGUCCACCGUUCAUGGCCGCGGUUGCAGGCAAAGUGAUACACACACACACACAACACGAGCGUCGUGGUCCGCUCUCCCCGAAUGUUUUCUUUCGUUUUCUCUUUCCUUUUCAUUUUUCAUUCGGCUUUUCGAGACACGCGUUUACGCGCGCCGCGGUGCCCCCGUAAAUGGACACGCGUCCGCGCAGCGGGACGGACGGACGGACGAACGAACGAACGGACACGUUUGUACAGAGAGAUCGAAAGGGAGAAAGAGAGCGAGUGCGUGUGUGUAUGUUUUGCGCGUGCGAUAGAGAGACGGCGGGUAUAGUGUGCGUGGCCCACGCCGGUGGUAUGUAUAUCUGUAUUUUUGUAUACCGAGGUUUUUUUCUAAUUAGUCUCUACCGUUUAAGCGUUUUCUCGAGGAGGAACGGAACGAGUAAUUAGCCAUUAAGGAGAAAAACUGUCGCUCUCUGCUUGCCAUUUUAACUUGCCUCUGUCGAUCGAACGAUUACUCGGAAGGUGGCUUGUCGGAGAGACAAGGUGGACAAGAAGGGAGGGACCUCGGGGCGGAAGGUCUCGACGUUUUAGGAGAACCGCGCGCGACGCGCACUCCAUUUCUAACCGUUCCUCCCUCCUCCCUCCUGCCUCCCUACGUUUUAAGAAUUCCUUCGUUUCUUAACGCACGCCUGAAAUUUCUGUUUCCCUUCUCCUUCUUCUCCCUUCUCCUUCUUCUCCCUUCGCGCCCCCCACCCCUCACGACACGUCCCGCGGAACAUUGAAAAUAGUACUUUUGCAAAACACUCGUUCUCUCGCCUAUUCAACCGCUCGUCGCGUCGACACCUUGCGGCCCGACGCCCGUUCCUCGACGGAGGAGAAAAUCUCUCUUCGCGCGAGAUAUCCGUUCGGCACACGAAGAGGAUAAUGCGCGAGUUGAAGAAGAUGAAGAAGGAGAACGAUACGCGAAACACGCUCGACUUGCUUUCGGGCAAUUAUGCGAUCGCCGUGCCAGAAAACCU